GGUCUCAUCGUGAGUUUCCUUUAAGCUCCGGAACAGCAGAAAUGGCACGGAAAGCCAGACGUGAAGUGUUAGACCUGGAGCCUUGUACUGUAUUUGUUUUCUUCCUUUGUGGAGGGUGAAUUAUAUGGCUUGGCGUGUCUUGUGGAUCCACACAUCAAAGUUAGUGGUAAAAGGGACAAUGUGAAAGAAGCCAAGGAGAAGAUCAUGUCUGUUCUUGACACAAAGAGCAACCGCGUGACUCUAAAGAUGGACGUCUCGCACACGGAGCAUUCGCAUGUCAUCGGCAAAGGAGGAAACAAUAUUAAGAAGGUGAUGGAGGACACGGGCUGUCACAUCCACUUCCCUGACUCCAACCGCAACAACCAGGCCGAGAAGAGCAACCAGGUGUCCAUAGCUGGUCAGCCAGGAGGAGUGGAGGCCGCCAGAGCCCGAAUUCGGGAGUUACUCCCGCUGGUGCUGAUGUUUGAGCUGCCAGUCAUAGUGCAGCUGAACCCCGAUCCGAGCUCUCCUGCCAUCCAGCACAUCUCGCAGACAUACAACAUAUCUGUGGCCUUCAAACAGAGGUCCAGACUCUAUGGAGCGACAGGAGUCGUGCGGGGCUCACAGAAUAAUGCUGCAGCUGUGAAGAGGGGGACAGCCGUGUUACUGGAGCACCUCGCGGGCAACCUGGCCAGUGCCAUAACAAUCAGCACACAGCUAGACAUCGCGCCUCAACACCACCUCUUCAUGAUGGGUCGCAAUGGCAGCAACAUCAAGCACAUUAUGCAGCGCACAGGAGCCCAGGUCCAUUUCCCGGACCCUAAUUGCCCACAGAAGAAAUCCACCGUAUAUGUGCAGGGAACCAUUGACUCGGUGUGUCUAGCACGGCAGUACUUGAUGGGCUGCUUGCCUCUGGUGUUGAUGUUCGAUAUCAAAGAGGACAUUGAGGUGGAACCACAGUGCAUUACUUCCCUAAUGGAACAGCUCGAUGUGUUCAUUAGCGUCAAACCAAAACCCAAGCAGCCUAGCAAGUCGGUGAUCGUGAAGAGCGUGGAGAGGAAUGCUCUGAAUAUGUAUGAGGCCAGGCGUUAUCUGUUGGGUUUGGAGAGCAGUGGUGUAUCCGUCCCGAGCAGCAGCAGUAACAGCAGCAGUCCUCCAUCAGCCCCUCCUCCACCACCAGCUCUCAGUUGCACUGUCGGCCUCGACAUCCUGGCCUCCGCCGGACUCGGUCUUAACAGCCUGGGUCUUUUGGGACCUACAGCCGCAUCCAUGACAGGACCUGCCACCAACUCUCUUUUGAACGCUCUGAACAGCUCCAUCAGCCCAUUACAGACACCAGGAUCUGGGUCACCCAGCCCCAAUCUCUGGCCCAACUCACUGACCAGUCCUGCCAGCACACCAGGUUUCUCAUCACCCCUAAUGAUCCACCCAGCCACCCCAGCCACUUUGACCAGUAUUUUGCUGUCAGGAGUGCCAGGAUACACCCAGAACACCCCUUCUCCUCCACCUGGUCUUGCACCCAUAGAUCCCCAGGUCAACUGCAUAUCAGACUGCAGUAAAGCCGUGUCUCCACUCAGCACCAAACAGUCCAGCAGCAUGUACAGCAGAAUGUCUGCAGCAUCUCUGGCAGAUAAAGUUCUGACCGCAGCUCAUGGAGACUCUGUGCAGGAAGCCAGUCCUCACUGUCCUUCUGAACCGCUGUCCAGCAAGUCCAGCCAAGACCAAGGAUCAGAUACAUUCGUGGAGGUAGGCAUGCCCCGAAGCCCUUCUCACUCUGGAAACAGCAAUGAAUUGAAGCAGAUGUUGGCGUCCUGUAAGACGACAUCAGGGAAGAGGCAAGCUCUGGAGCUGCUACAGGGCACCAAGAACUCCCUGCUACAUUCAGAGUGUCUGUUGUCAGACUCCGACUCGAGUGCUUCAGAGAGUCCGGUGGCUGAUAAACGUGCUCCAGGCAGUGAGAGAGCCGCUGAACGAGCCGCUCAACAGCACAACUCGGAGCGAAUCCGCCUGCCUCCACAGUCCUCCUUUUCUAAUAUGCAGGCAUUCGACUACGAGCAAAAGAAGUUAUUGGCGACCAAAGCCAUGUUAAAGAAGCCAGUGGUGACAGAGGUCCGAACCCCGACUAACACAUGGAGCGGUCUGGGCUUCUCAAAGUCUAUGCCUGCAGAAACAAUUAAGGAGCUGCGCAGGGCCAACCACGUGUCUUAUAAACCCACCAUGUCAACUACAUACGAGGGGUCUCCUCUCGCACUGUCCCGCUCCAGCAGUAGAGAGGGGGUGGCGAGCGGCAGUGAUUCGGAUAACUGGAGGGAAAGGAAUGGGAGCGGGCUCCCAACACACAGCGACUUUCCCUCCCCUAUCAGCCCCAAAAGAAAGCAGAACAAAACAGAGCACUACCUAAGCAGCAGCAACUACAUGGACUGCAUCUCAUCGGUGACGGGAACGAAUGGCUGCAACCUCAACACGUCUUUCAAAGGAUCUGAUCUGCCGGAGCUCUUCAGUAAACUCGGCCUGGGGAAAUAUACUGACGUCUUCCAGCAGCAGGAGAUUGACCUUCAGACGUUCCUCACGCUGACUGAUCAGGACCUGAAAGAGCUCGGCAUCACUACAUUCGGAGCACGCAGGAAAAUGCUGCUGGCCAUCUCAGAGCUGAACAAGAACCGAAGGAAACUCUUUGAGCCGCCCAACAUCCGUUCUUCAUUCCUAGACGGAGGCGCCAGUGGUCGACUGCCACGCCAGUUCCACACAGACAUUGCCAGUGUGAGCGGGCGCUGGUGAGCCCAUGCAAAUGCAACUGCCCAAAUCCCCCAUACCGAACUCCAACCUGACAUAUAAUACUGGACCAAAAACCUGGACCUUCUGAAACUGUGCCAAAUAAACAAAGUCCAUGGAGCGAAGGUUAAGGGUCGAAGAACGGUGUUAAAUAUUAUAUGCAGUAUGGUACAUUACGCAAUAUGGUACUCGUAUAACAAUGAAGGAAACGUUAUGAAGGAUCAUUGGAGCUCCAGCACUGUGCUUGCAUAUGGAGCAGGCGGACUUUUAUUUAUAUGCUCGUCUUAGGCUUCAUCGUACUAAAUCUUUGCACUUUAAAUAUUUGCUAAAUGCUUUAUCCAUGAACAGAUUCGCCUGACUAGACAUUCAUGGAUGCUACUUAAAGCACUUAAAUGGAUAUCAAGCCAAAGUGUUCCAUGCAAAUUAUGAAAUAUUAUCUCAUGCCACAGCCACAACACAAGAGAAAUCAGCAGCAUCAGUCAGAGGACUCAGCAUAUUUAUUUAGACACAAAUGAAAUGAGUGUACGUCUAUCCCUCAAAGGCUUAUUUUCAUUCAGGUCAUGCUAAACCAUCCACCCUGAUUAUAUAUUGUAUAUAAAUUAUUUCUGACCCUAUAAAUGGCUGACUCUUGGUUCAUCAUCAAAAAAUGAAAAUUCUGUCAGCAUUCGCUGUAUGACUUCUGAUCUUUUUUUGAAACAUUACAGAAGAUAUUUAAGGUCAUUUCCCCCCUUAUUUACGCUAUUAAACCCUCUGAUGACUUCCAACCAGAAUUUGAGCAAGCAUGGGAAGCAGGCACACUAACAAGGUCACUAGACAACAGCCUCUAGCAUCCGUUGCUAGUGCCAGCUCUCUUUAAGGCCAGGGGAAUAAAAUUUAUCCACACAAAUCUUACUAAAAGGCAUUUAUUGCACUUAUUCAAACCUCACUCUCAUCCGGGUCACGGCACCAAUUUUACUCCAUAAUUUGUAUAAUUUUUCUCCAACACAUCUGCUCAUAAGCAAGAUGAGGUUCGUCCAAACAACUCUUUAUACCUAGCCUCUGUUACCUUAAGUGCCCUAAAUCUCACUCCCUUCAGUGUCAUAGCACCAAAGUAAUUCUACUCGAGAUUGACAUAUGAGAUUUGAAAAAAUGCCCAGUAUGAGAGGGUUAUGUGCUAACAAGGAUGCUAAAACUGAAUGAACUAAAACUUUUAGCAUCAGUUAGUGUCCGUCUUGAGGCCAGACAACUAAGGUGUACCUCCUAUUAUUCGGAUAAUGGAUUAUUCACUGCUUUAAACCUUGCUCCAAUCUUAGACAUGGGACUAAUGUAACCCCAGUUGGUUUUAUCACUACUUUAACUAAACUUGCAUUAGCAGUACUAGAGGCAGAUGCACUAAUGAGGAUACUUUACUAUAAGUCAAAAGAGAUUCUUUUGAAGCCAGGAAAAACAUUAUUUUCACAAAUUUCAUCUAAUUUGUCCUCUGUUAUACCAAAGUCACUUGGUGGCCAUCUUUGAAACUCCUCUCGGGCAGUAUGCUCGAGCAUUCCGUUUGAAUCUGUGGGGAAACAUCAAAUUCUCUAAAACAUGUUACAUGUUUGGAAUCACCAAUAAAAUUAAACAUAAGUUUAGUUUCUAAAUGUUCAAAUCAAACAAAAUCAACAUUUUUUUCCAAGAUGCCCAAGCUAAUGCGCACUUGAAGGGAACGAGAUCAUCAUGACACUAACCUCAUUUAUGGCCAUUUUACACAUUAGAAUCCUCUGAAUAAUGCCUCGCCCAAUCGAGCUGAUCUUCAGAAGUAAUUCACAAGUUGGACUUUAGUGCAAAUCUCCUCCCAAAAUGUCAGCAACUCUUUGUUUUUAAGUUGCUGAAGUAGUUGCAUCAUUUACCAGUGAAGAUUUCACACUUUGUGGAUAUAUUUCUCAUGUCUGUGAAGCAAGUAUUUAAAACUAUUCAGAAUCUAUUCGUAAAAAUGCACAUCAGGUCCGAGCUUCUCCCCCGAAGAAACCUCAGUCAAUAGUGAUAGCUGAUUGGCUCUUGUAUUAGAAGGUGGGGCUUCGUUCACCAUAUUGACUGUUACAUCUUCACUCAUUCAAAACUAUACGAGUGACAUGUCUUGUGUAUUCUGUAGUCUUUGGUUAUACUGACUGCCCCAAACUCAGUCCAAUUAAAAUAGUAAAACACGAAACAAUUAUUUAAAGUUGUUGACUUUAACAUCAUAUUUUAAUUAUUAUUGGAAUAUUAUGACUUAUUAUCUGUUAUGAGUUCUUGGCUCAAAUUGCUCAUUUUACCACAGAGUCCAAAAUAACUUGAAGUAAUCUGAAUAGAGUACACUCUUAGGGCUGGUUUGCAGCAGGAAGGGCAUCCCUCAGUAAAGCAUAUGCUGGAGUAAUAGGUGGUUCAUUUCACCAUGGCGAUCCCUGAUAAAGCAGGGGCUAGGGGUAAGGAAAGUGAGUAAUAUGAAUAGUUGGAUUCAACAAUGCAUAUCACAGCCCGCAAAUGGUCUGUCUAUAACAGAUCGUUAGUUAUUGUUAAAAUUAUGUUUUUUACCAUUGAAACCUGACUGCUGCACUCUACGGGCUUCAAAUCAACAUAAUCCCUUAAUUGUGUGGACAAAAUAUCUUGUUUCAUGUCAAAGAAGUCAUGCAGAAUUUUCAUUUUUGCAUUAACCAUCUCUUUAGCUGUAGCUUUUAGCCUGACCUGUCAGUAGUAGCUCUCUCAAUAGAGCCUCAGUUUAGCCACUGACAGAAGUGCAAAUUACAGCAGCUCCGUUUCAACCACCUUCCUGAAUGCCACAGACCACAAGUCCUCACUGACCACACUCCCAAUAAUCAAGGCUUUUGGUGAAGCCUUGAAAUUCCUCUAAAAACCUGAUCAUAGCUUAAUCCACAGCUUUUCUCCUGCUUAAAAGCCUAUGGCGUCUCUUAAGCUUCAGGUUUUGAAAGUGGUUCGUUUACCUCUCUUAAGCUUUAUUCGUAUUCUUCAGCCAUUUCCAAGGGAAGUAUUUCAGUUCCGUCUAUAUCUGAAGCUGUGAAUGUUACUCUGAAGGAUUGAAACCACCAAGUGCCUUUUGUCUUGCACUGACAACUUUUCCAAAGGAAAUCAAAGACUAUCAAUCUCUCCAAGGUACAAAUGUUUUACUAGGAAGUACCACUUUACAGAGUAAUCUCGCAGUGCAUUGCUUUUAUCUUUACAUGUAUGGUAUACAUUUAGUAUUUCCAUUUGUACCUCAUAUGUGAUGGAGGUACUAUUUAAGUUUGUAUUGUUUGUAUUGUCGUAUUAUGAUUGUUUAUAUGCUUUUUUAAAGUAGUUUGCUUUGAUCAUUUGUACGUAGAGUUGUCACGAUACUGGAGUUCGGUACCAAUUGAUACUGAAAUUUUUACGUUCAUGAGCGCUGUUGAGCGCGUUCUUAAACACCGCUGAUUUGCCAUUGGGUUCACGUGCUCAACAGAAACUUAUCGUUGUUUGCUGAGUGUAAUCACAAAUACAGGGACACUAGAAUGUUUCAAAUUCAUAUCGAUCAGCUGGUUUGUCUAUAAGCUGACAUACAAGCAAUCCGCUGAUGAAUCGCGGCUUUAAAACACUCCAGUGUCCCUGUAUCUGGUUUAACUCCGUUUACAUUGGUGAACUGAUGACCUUCAUAGCCAAUCACAGUCAUUUCUGUUGAGCACAUGAACCCAAUGGCAAAUCAAUGAUGUUUAAGAAUGCGCUCAAAUGUUAGCGAGAAAUUAACGGUUUUAAAACUUCAGUAUCGAUUGGUACCGAAUUCCAGUAUCGAGCAACCCUAUUGUACACACAGCAGCAAUCAAUCUGUGUAAUGGUUUGUCCUUUUUGAUUCAAUUUAGACAAAUGAAUGAAGCAAUAGCUCUGUGUUGCCUAAAAAAUAUAUAUAUAUUAAUAGUAAUAAUAAAAAUGCAACAGACUAUGCAAAGAAUCGCUUUGCCAUUUUAGGUUGAAAGGUUUCAGUUCAAGCACAUACGCUUUUGUAUGUUGUUUUUUCAAUCUAAGUUUAUAGACUUUUUCAUUAAAUUGCUACUUUGAUAUAUCUUAGAUUAGUGCCUUUUAUAUGCAUCAGAUGCUGUUUUAGUGAGAGAUCAAUUGUAAUUCAUUUGUAGAAUUGUUUUGUUCUCUCCCUAAUGCCGAGUUCAGACUGUGUGAUUUUCAAAUGUAGCCACGUCACAGAUGCUUUCAUGCUGUGUCCACACCAGAUUGUGCAAAAAAAUGCGAUAUUCGUGCAUAAAUAAAUGCGUGGUCAUUUUGAGUUUACUCGCUUCAUUCGCGCAUUAAAUUCACUUCACAAUCGAUGCAGAUUUGCGUCCUGGGCAGUGCUUCUGUCUGCCCCGUGAUUCUAGCUUUAUUACUAAGAGGCUAAAGUGGAUUUUAUUGAGAUGGUAGUUGAGUUCAUGUGCUUUAAGAAGGCUAAAAAAAAUCGCGUUGAUUCAUUUGGAGCCAUGUCUGAGUCCACUAGAUCCAUUCAGAGGUGUAUCCAGCUCUGAGAGCUUCUCCAGAAAAUAUACCUUGAUGAUGAAGGCUUUCAGCAGUGCUUCCGAUUGAGCUGAGUUUAAUUCGAUGACCUGUAGUCUGGUGUCGGCAAGAAGAUUUGCCCCCCCGGCACCAACAAUAGGCGCUACGUCAUAACCAUGCCCCUACAAGAGCAAACUCCUAAUUGCAAGAAUAUCCGUUGAAGUUAAGAUUUUGCAACUUGAGCGAUUUAAGCAAGUCAAUCACGAAAAAUGCUCAACUUGCAUCAAAGUCAUUCGCGCGAAUCACCUCAUUCGAAUGCAUCAUGCCCCAGGAUGUCUAUUCACGUCUUUGCAUUGACUUAACAUAUAAAUUACUCACGCUUGAUGCUUCAUUCACGUCUGGUGUGAACGCAGCAUCACACUGCAUGACUUACUUGGUAGCAUUGAGUUGCUGCGGUGUAUAUAUCCUGCAACAUGGAUCGGCUACAGGGGUUUUUCGCACUGCAUGACUUUACAAUAGGAACAAUCGACAACAAUUUUGUCUCGGCCCGCAAACUAUGUCUCAUAUUUUAUUUUUAAUCAGAACCCAUUUCACAUGGAAUGAUUUGAAUCGCUGACAGCUCCGGGUAUUAAGCAUGCAAUAUAUCUGAAGGGUGUCUGUGACUUAUUGGCAGUUCUUUGAGAUUGCAUCUUUGAUAGUUCACAUUGUGUGAUUGUUACUCACAUAAACGAGCACUAAUUUGUCUGUGAUUUUAGGCAUUUGUUUGCGAUUACUUAAAACCUGACGGUGAGUCAAAAGUCGGGGCUAAAAUCAUGCAUUCUGAACUCGGCAUAAGAGGGAAAAAGUAAGGGACGAAUGGAGUCUUAAUAUUCUGACAUGGCCUUUCGCAUGGCCAGCACGCAUCUUUGAGUAUCUUUGGCCAAAGUCAAAUGCGUAACCUCAGGGUUAUGAGGUUACAUACGUCAUAUGCACAAAUGUACAGAGCGAGUAAAAUAAAAAACGGGAUAUUAAAGCACAUUAACCAGUAUUGUUCUUCCAAAUGUACGCUAGUUGGCCAGUGCCUUGGGAAUGACUUUUGAGAUCUGUGAGCUUGGCGCAGAUUUUGUAAUAUACUACAUUGUAAUGUUCUAUAAUGAUCCAUUUGUAUAAUUGCCAUAAAUGUGGUAUCGCUGAAUGUUCUUUAUAAGUUGAAGGUGUUAUGAAAGAAUAAAGCAUUUCCAUCUUAUGUAUUCCA